AUGAAAACCCUCCUCUCCAUCUUCUUCGUCAUCGUCAUCGUCGUCGCCCUCCUCCGCCCCUCCCUCGCAGACAAACAAACCGACGAUCUAAUCAACAAAGUGUGCUACUACGCCGGGGACGACUCCUUCUGCCAAGGCAUCCUACACAAGAACCUCCCCCCGCCGCCCGUGGACCUUGCCGGCCUGACGAGGCUGACGCUGAACCUCACUCUGAGCUUUACGAAAGAGACGCUGGCGUUGGUCGAGAAGGCGGAGGCGGACGAGAAGAGGCUCGGGGUGAGGCAGCGCUACUAUUGGUGCCGGAUUGGUUACAUAAAAGUGCUGAGCAAUGUGCAGACGGCGGAGUACAAUGCGAGGAGAAGCGAGUUUGAUUCGAUGGUGACGACGCUGGGGCUGUGUAGUGAGCCGAUUAAGCAGUGCCAGAGGAACGUGGCUGGGCUGCUGCCGGCGUUGAAGGAGAAGAGUAGGAUGAUGUUGGUUCUUAUUGAGAUGGGAUCUAAUGCGGGGACCUAUUUGUAG